AUGUCUGAUAUUGUCAAUAUAGAUUCAGAUGGCUCCGCUGAUUUAGAAGUUGAUGAAAAGCAUGAUAAAGAAGGAAAACAAGAUAAGAUCUCAGCAAUGAAAAUCUCAAAAGAAUUGAAGAGGAAAAAACAAAAGAGGAAAGGGCAAUUGACGUUUGAUGACUUUAAAAACGUAAAAGUAGUAAAUUCCCCAGAUGUGUUAAGUACUAAAACAAUUAUAUCUAAUAAAAACCGAACUGUCUUGACCGUUGACGAACAAAAUACUAAAACAGGAAGUGAAAACAAGGAAAACUAUCUAGACGAUCAAUCAAAGACACCUUCUUCUACGUCCUCUCCUAGCAUAUGUAAUAUAUCCAAGUUGGUGGGACUUCAUAAGCAAGGUCAAACAACUACCAACUUGCACCUGAUUUCAAAUUGGGCUUCAAGCGUCCCUUUAGAACUAAAAUCUUAUAACGAUUAUGACAAUAAAAUAUUUGGCCUUUUAUCGAGAGCGAAUACAGAUACGAAGCCAAUACCGUACGCAGGUCCAAUCAUAAGCAUAAUGGCAUUCAUUAAUAAAUUCCAUAAGUUUUUCAGUAAUGAUAUUUUGGAUAUCUCAUUUCAAGUUUUCGAAAUUGGAUUAGAAUUAACUGAACAACAAGAUACGAGCCUAUCAAAUAAAUGUGUAACCAUAUCUCAAGAGAAAAUGAAUUUAUUAUUCUUCACCUUUUUAAAACUAUUAUUCCCUCCAGCAUCCAAAAAACACUAUAGUCCGCCAUCCAUGGCAGAGUUGAAAUCUUCAAAGAAAGCCCUUUUUAAUAAGAAAAUAAUCCACCAGCUUCGUACAAAGGCGAUUGAAUGGGGGUACCCUAAAAAAUGGAGAGUCCCUGUGCCAAAAGAUAUAGACGUCACACAGCCAUUAUCAUACUUGCUCACGCCAGAUGAAGAAGAUACAACUUUGGUAGAUCCGACACACCCUGAAAUCUUAACAAAAAAUAUCCCACAAUGGUAUAAGAAUACACCUCUACCGAAUGAUGAGAACCUAUUGUAUAAUCCAAAUUUGGAAAAGAUGGGCGUUUUUGCAUUUGAACCAAAAGAUCGAUUGAUUUUUCUAGAGAUAUUGAUGAGGUGGUGUUGUUCAAAUUCAACUCUUAUUCAUGAUGAAAUUUAUAGAUUGUCUCAUUUGAAAAAAGAACCAUCGUUUGGCAUUUAUACGCAACAUGUUCCCAGGUAUCUUGUCAAUGGUAUUGAUGAAAGUUAUGAUGCCUUCCACAAAGUCUGCAGGUUAUUACAGAAGCGGUUACUAAAUAGAAGGAAGAAUAAAUAUCAAAUGAACGAUGCAAAGAAGAAAGAUCUAUCUGAAAAGAUAAUUAUUGUACAAGAAUUAAUGAAAGAACUUAAAACAACUGCUGUAGCAUCUGAUAAGAGUGAUAUUCCAUUCAAAUCUUAUCAGGAAUGGAGCGAUAUUUUUGAACGAGAAUCUAUUGAUGAUCCCUUAUCGAAUCCCUUCAAUGAUGAUAGCUAUAAAUUAAGAAUGAAUGAAUUCUUUGUUGGAACUGUCGAUCAUGUAGGUGACUUUUUCCUUCCACGAUUACAUUCUUAUGGAAAUGAUUCGAAUACCAUCGGAUUUUGUAGUGUAAAACAAUUUCUAGAAAAAUCUAAUAAUGACAUCCAAACUAACCAGCUGUCUUCAUUUCGAAGAGUACGCGGCAAGUUUAGUUUAAAUUUCAAAUUACUAUUGCAUGCUAAGAGCAAACUAACGAAAGAUUCGUUAUCUAGUAAAGCUGAUGUCUAUGACGGUGAUUACUGGUAUGAAAUCAGUCAUGAUUAUAAGAGCCUUGACCAAUAUGUAUCACGUAUUUCAAAGAUUUUCCAAGAUUAUUCUGUUUCAAAAGAGAGCGCAAUCAAAGGCAUGCCACAGGAUGAAAACUACCUUAACGAUCCAAAAUUUGAAAAUGUGUUACUUCAGGUACGGUAUCUAACUGAAUAUCUAUCCAAAUUAUCAAGUAUUCUUAAAAAGUUAGAGCAACUUCAAAGCGAACAUGAUGAAGAUAAGUAUGAAGAUAGAAAGACAAGAUCAUCACGAAGAUCACACGGUAGCUACAAAGAAGCUUAUGAAUUACAAGAUGAUGAAGAAGAAUACAUUGCUGACAAUGGCCAUGACGGUAUUGGUGCUGCUGAAGAAGACCAAAGCGCAUAUGAAAGUCAAGAGACAGUAGAUAAUAAUGACGCAUACAUUGAUAUGUCGGAGAACCCUGAUAUUGAAUCUGCCGAUGAAGCAAACGUUAGUAGUUCGAAACAGGCUCAUGAAGCAUCGGUGUCGAGGUCACAAAGAUCUUUGAGAAGGGCUAAAAGGAGAAAGGAAUCUGAGUAG